CCCGGGGGCUUCAGAAUGGACUUGUGCCACCCAGAGCCAGAGGAGCUGAGCAGCAGGGAGGCGGAGGAGCUGCAGCGGAUCAAGUGGCACCGGAAGCAGCUUCUGGAGGACAUCCAGAAGCUGAAGGACGAGAUCGCAGAUGUGUUUGCUCAAAUCGACUGCUUCGAGACGGCAGAGGAGAGCCGCAUGGCCCAGAAGGAGAAGGAGCUGAGCAUCGGACGCAAGAAAUUCAACAUGGAUCCCGUGAAGGGCGUCCAGUAUCUCAUUGAGCACAAGCUGCUGACCCCCGAUGUCCAGGAUAUCGCCCAGUUCUUGUACAAGGGCGAGGGCCUCAACAAGACGGCCAUCGGCACCUACCUGGGGGAGAGGGACCCCAUCAACCUGCAGGUCCUCCAGGCCUUCGUAGAUUGCCACGAGUUCGCCAACCUCAACCUUGUCCAGGCCCUCAGACAAUUCCUGUGGAGCUUCCGACUGCCAGGCGAGGCCCAGAAGAUCGACCGCAUGAUGGAGACCUUUGCCACCCGAUACUGCCUCUGCAACCCAGGUGUCUUCCAAUCCACAGACACCUGCUACGUCCUGUCCUUCUCCAUCAUCAUGCUCAACACCAGCCUCCACAACCCCAACGUCCGGGACAGGCCACCCUUCGAGCGCUUUGUGUCCAUGAACCGUGGCAUCAAUGAUGGCAGUGACCUGCCUGAGAGUCAGCUGCGGAACCUCUUCGACAGCAUCAAGAGUGAGCCCUUCUCCAUCCCCGAGGACGAUGGCAAUGACCUCACUCACACCUUCUUCAACCCCGACCGCGAGGGCUGGCUGCUCAAGCUGGGCGGCCGCGUGAAGACGUGGAAACGACGCUGGUUCAUCCUGACAGACAGCUGCCUCUACUACUUUGAGUUCACCACUGACAAGGAGCCCCGGGGAAUCAUACCCCUUGAGAACCUCUCAGUGCAGAAGGUGGAUGACCCCAAGAAGCCAUUCUGCCUGGAGCUCUACAACCCCAGCUGCCGGGGCCAGAAGAUAAAGGCCUGCAAGACAGACGGCGACGGCAAAGUGGUAGAGGGCAAGCACGAGUCCUACCGGAUCUCAGCCUCCAGCGCUGAGGAGCGAGACCAGUGGAUCGAGGCCAUUCGAGCCAGCAUCACCCGUGUCCCCUUCUACGACCUGGUCUCUGCUCGGAAGAAGAAGAUUGCCAGCAAGCAGUGAGCUUCCUGGGAGGUGGUGCCGGCUUCCUGGGAACCCCGUGACGUGUGGUACCUGGAGACCUACCUCCCACCCCAGAACACCCUUUCCUGGCCCGCAGACAUCCUCCCUCAACCCCCUUCACUUCAAGCUGACAGCAGAGGGGAGGAAGGGCUCAAGAAAGAGGGUGGGUGGGAACCACCGAGGGCUCAAAGCCCGACCAUGAGGCCUCUGGCCCUGGACACCCAGGAAAGGCCCCGCCCCAGCCCCAAGUCCACCGCAGUAAGGGGCGAGGAAAGGAGCCCAGAACCCGGCACCCCGCCCUCUCUCUGGGGCUCAGUCUCCUCUCCUGUCAGAUGUCUCCUUGCCCUCUGAAAUGCUGUCAGCCCUCGGAGCAGGAGGGGCCUGCAUGUUGCCACCCUCCGCCAUGGUGAGGCCUCCCCUUCUGCUCAGGGGGUUUCUCGGCCAGCCCCUCCCCCAUCCUCAGCUGGGGCUUGGCCUUCCCUGCCCAAGGGACACGCGUACACAUCUCACACCCACCGACAAGACCUCUGGGAGACCCGAGAGCACUGGACUAGAAGGCCUGAUGCCACAGUCUCAGUCCCAGCUCUGUCUCCAACUUGUUGUGUGCCCUCGUCCAAGUCACCCUCCUUCUCUGGUUCCUGGAAAACUGCGGUGUUUGGAGAGAAAUGUCUUGGCCCUUCUGGCUCUGUGCACCACCCCCACUGCAACCUCCAACCUGC